UUAGAACUUACCGAACACAUAUUUAAAAGGGCCCACUGUUGUGGGUUCAGCAAGUGUACGAGCUGUCUCUGUGUGCAAAGAAACGGACUUGGGGACCACUGUUCUUUUUCUUUAGUGUUUGGCUGAAGAAGACAAAGAUAAUGUUUUUCUCUGUGGUCGAACAUGGUCCUUUGUUUUCGAAACCAUUCUCAUUUCAUCUCCGAGUUCUGGGUACAUGGCAAGUUUGAACCUUGGAGCUACUUCGUUGACCAACGAGUCUUGGGUCGUUUUCGGCUCCUCCUUAAAACUAAGGAUUGGCUUCAUAAAUAAACGGUUUAAACGAGUUGCAGAGAAAUGGAGGUUUCGUGCUCAGCAAAAGUCAGGAAUGGAACAGCUGCAAGCUCGUUCUGCUAAAAGGAGCGAGUCCUUGAGACAGAUUCUUAAGCAAUAUGGAAUAUUAGAAGAAAGCCCUGAAGAAAAUGAGUCUAGUAGUAGACUUGAUGACUUAAGCUGUGCUGUUCCUUCUUCUGUCAUACAUGACUCUGAGGUGAACACAACUGAGGAGUUACCUCAUUUACGCUGGCAAGAGAAACAUGGUGAGAUUGUUAGCAUCACAGAGGAUGUUUCAGACCUAAAUCACCACAACUGUAAAGAGAAGCAUGACGCUGUUCCUUCUGUCUUAGAUGACUCUAAGAUGAAAACAACUGAGGAGUUACCUGAUUUAGGCCGGCAAGAGAAAUACUGUGAGACUGUGAGCACCACAGAAGAAGUUUCAGGACAAAAUCACCACAGGCUUCCCCAUUUAAGAACAGGUGCUUUGUUCACUUCUUCUCUGCUUCCUGUUCUUGGUUUCUGCAUGUUAUGUAUUAUUGGAACGCUACACGCAAUAAUCUCCAGUACAACGUCACAAAAUCAUCAUCACGAUGGCUCCAAAAAAACAAGGUGGAGAACCGCAUUGAGUGAUAGGAACGAGCCAGUUGCUUCUGAAGAACAUGAGAUGUCGCAAGAAUACACAGUCAGUUCAGCGUAUCAGGAAGCAACUAAUGAAGUUGAUGAAGCAUGCAGCAAAGUAGAGCGUGAGUACAAGAGAUUUCUUUUGGAAUGUGGACUGAGCGAAUCUUAGGUUCCUAAAAAGUAGUUCUUUAGCAAAACAUAAUCUCAAUUCUGUGUUUGGUUUAAGUUACGACCAGGCGGUUUUGUAGCUUGUUUCAGGGUUUACUCAAUGUGAUUUUUAUUGUGUACAUUUUGAAAGGAGGAACAAUUGUUGACAAAUAUCAAACAUGGUCAAUUCACGACAA